UUAGGGACGAGCCACUGGCUACGGCUGCCCCUGCGGGUAGGUGGGUGAGCUCCCCCCGGCCCCGGCCCCGGCCCCGGCCCCGGCCCCGGCCCCGCGGGCGGUGUGCGUGCCCGCCGGGCGGAGCGAGGCGGGGCGCCCGCAGCCCCUCGCCGCUUUCCCCAGCGGCGGCCGCCGUGCGCGCCGCCCUCCCCCGCUGAUGCAAUCGGAGCCCGCAAGAGGCGGCGGCAGCCCCGGCAGCCCCGGCAGCAGCCGCAGCCCCGGCAGCGCCCGCAGGCGGAUCGGCCGGCCCUGAGCCCGCCCAGCGCGGCGUCGCUGCCGCCCGGGGCUCGGGGACCCGCGGGGCUCCAGCGCUAAGCGCUGCCCGACACCGAGCGGCGGCCCGCCGAGAGCCCGCUGCGCCGCGGCAAAGGGGUUGCCCGCCGUUUGCCAGCAUGAUGAAGGGCUGUCAGAAUGAGUGCACGGCUGGAGGAUGUUCAGGAGAAACAGCAAAGCACGUGAUCGAAUCUUUCAAGGCUUCAGACUUGAUUAUCAACCCAGCUACAACUUUCAAGGAAAAACCAGACCCCAGUGGUUUGGUAUUUGGAACUGUGUUCACUGACAAUAUGCUGACAAUUGAGUGGUCCUUGGCUUCAGGAUGGGAGAAACCUUAUAUUAAGCCGCUUGAGAACCUUUCGUUGCAUCCAGCCUCCUCGUCUCUGCACUAUGCUGUUGAGCCAAGAGGACAGACAGAGGAGAAUCUGGUGCCAAUGCUGUGGCUCAAUGAAUACACAUUAUUUGAAGGAAUGAAGGCUUAUCGGGGAGUGGAUGGCAAAAUCCGCCUGUUCCGGCCAACCCUCAACAUGGACAGGAUGGUGCGGUCAGCAAGGCGAGCAUCUCUGCCAUGUUUUGACCAGAAUGAGCUGUUAGAGUGCAUCCAGAAGCUUGUGGAAGUGGAGAAGGAGUGGGUCCCAUACUCGACUGAUGCCAGCCUGUAUAUCCGUCCUACCUUAAUUGGAACUGAGCCUUCCCUUGGAGUGAAGAAGCCAACUAAAGCCCUACUGUAUGUCAUACUGAGCCCUGUGGGCCCUUACUUUGGAAGUGGAAGCUUUAAUCCAAUAUCCUUAUGGGCAGAUCCAAAAUAUGUAAGAGCCUGGAAAGGAGGAACAGGGGACUGCAAACUGGGAGGGAAUUAUGGUUCUUCUAUUUAUGCUCAGCAAGAAGCCCUGGACUUAGGCUGCCAGCAGGUUUUGUGGCUUUAUGGAGAAGAUCACCAAAUAACUGAAGUUGGAACAAUGAAUCUGUUUCUCUACUGGAUAAAUGAAGAUGGAGAAAAUGAACUGGCAACCCCACCUUUAGAUGGCAUCAUCCUUCCAGGAGUGACAAGACAAAGCAUUUUGGAUCUGGCACGCAAUUGGGGAGAAUUUAAAGUCUCUGAGCGAUACAUCACCAUGAGUGACCUGACAGCUGCCUUGGAAGAAAACAGAGUGAAGGAGAUGUUUGGUGCUGGAACAGCUUGUAUUGUAUGUCCUAUCUCUAAAAUUUUAUAUAAGGGCAAGCAUUUGCACAUUCCAACUAUGGAGAAUGGACCUCAGCUAGCAAUCCGUUUCCUGAAUAAGCUGAGUGAUAUCCAGUAUGGAAGAGAAGACAGCGAUUGGGCAGUGCUGGUGUCAUGAAGGUAGAAGAGUUCAGACCCUCCGGACAGACCAGACAUGAAUAAAGACAACUUCUGUAGCUGCCUGUGUGUAGCAUAGUUUCUGUAUCAAUUUCCUUCCCAGGAUGAUUGUUUCUACAAUCUGGCAAAUGUGAACACAAUCAUUUUGAUUUCUACUGUAAUUCUGUUGGUAGAAGCCUGUCUUCUUGGUAGAGGUGCUAAAUGUUAGCAAUAGAACUUUCCUAAUGGUUUUCUUAGUGCCUCCUUGUGUCUUAUGUACAGUCUGAAAACUUGUAAAAUGCUCUUCAACUGCUCUUCAGUUUGUUUUAACAGCCAUCACCAGCAGAGCACAUUGUCAUAUAACACAAAGGCAUUGCCUGUCAGCUGGCUGUAGGGUUCUGUUCACAUUAUUCUGCCUUUUGCUCUGUGUUCAGGAGACAAUUAAGUUUAGCCAUAUGCUCUUUCCUCCCAUACUCUGCUCCUAUGCGAGAUUUCUGAGUUUGUGUAGCUCUCUAGAUCCCCUCAUGCAUACUCUGUCAAAUAACAGCUUCAUCCUUUAGGCCAAAAUUAUCUGAGGCAAUCUAACCUGCAAGAUGCUCCCUGUUGGCCUAUUGCCUUUCCCUCCAUGGGGAUAUGCAGUGGCUGCUUGGGCAGUGCAUACCUCCCUAGUAGCUGAAUACAUCCUUCCAUGCGUGAUUUACAGGACUGGGUCAGGCCCUGCUGAAACAAAAAUUACCCUUUGUCUGGCCUAGCACAGAUCUGGGCACUGCAGACGCACUGUUGCCUUCCAGGUGAAUGUCUAGAAAAUAAGAUUAGACAACUGUGGCUGGCUGUGAAAGUUGGACCACUCGUCACAGCAACCAAACUUUUAGAUUGAGGAAUUUCUUUCAUUAUCCAGUCACCUAAUUUAGAUCAGCAAAAUGUUUUUCUUCUCCCCUUCACCACUUGUGAAAUGUAUCCAGCCUCCAUUGACACGUGUGCUUUAAUAGCGCCUUCCUAUUAAGGAAUAAGCUAUGUUAUCAACGGAAAAUAUCUAGCACAAGAAGGAAAGAGAUUCCAUUCAAACCCUGGUUUCAUUCUGAUUAAGCACAUACCUCUUCAUAUACCGCUACUCUCUCACGUGCGGUCUUGAUACUAUUUGGAAGCAAUACAGAGUAUGUAGCCCAUAGUCAGGGAAAUAACUUUUGCAAACGUUCAUUAACAAUCAUACUGUAAUAUUUAUUAGCUUUCUCUUUUUGCACACAGGUCUGUUGAACAGCUUUAAGAUAUCUCUUGCCAAAAAGGAUCACCACAUUCUGUAUCAGUGUUCCGAAGUGCUACUUCAGUGUAAAACUGGUAGACCUUUAUUGUCACUAAUAGAGUCCUAUAAGAAGUAAAAGUGAAACAUUUAUUACCAUAGUUUGCAGUAGACAUGCACCAGUAUUAAGGGAAAUAUUUAGCACUUUAUUUUUUGUAAGACCCAGCAGUAUCUCUCUCAUGCUUUGUAAGUCCUUUGUAGUUACUGGCAUUUGUUAACAUAGUUUAAAAAGACAAAAUAUAAUUUCUAAUAGACCAUCCAUGCCUUAUGCAACUGCUAAAAAGUAGCCUUAUGGCUUUCCUGUUGAUUUUUGGUCAGAUUUUAAAGACAACACCUACUUAGCCAUCACUUUCUUUUGCUUCCUUAAAUCAUUACUUUUACUAUCUUUCACUGCACUCCAAUCUGAGAUUUUAAUGAAGAACAGUUGAAGGUUCUCUCUGAUGAUGUAACUAUUAUUAAAAUUUGUUGAAUAAUUUUCUCUUUAGAAUACAACUGCAAGCACAAAAUGUUGUUUCACUUAUAGUAGCAAUAGUAUUGCAUGUUAGCUUUUCUGACCAUUUGAAUCUGUAUCGUGUGCUGGUCUUUGUUCAGUAUCUUACUACGUAUUAUAAGCUGCUGGUAGUCUUUCUUUUUAUGUAAUUAGAUGGGUGGAAAAAUUAGUAUGGGGAAUAUGUCAAGAUGCAAUGUGGGGUAGAGAGUUUUAUCCAAUGAGACAAGUAUCAUAAUUAAAGAGUGCCUUUAACUAGAGUGUGGCAUGGAGCUCUAAAAAUUAUGUAAUGAGCAACCACAUGUGGCUUCCUGUUACUAUCUAAUCUGUUCCUUUAUGUUCAUCUCAGAUUUAGUAGCAAAAGAAAGAGUGGAAACAUCUAAAUUCAAAUGCAUGGCAAAGCGGUUGUGUGAUACCUUAACAUCUCAGGAUGUUGAUAGAGUUGACAGGUAUCAUCUAUCAAAAAUCUCCAUGAAGGCAUCAGUAUUACCAGCAGUAAUCUAUUCUCUAGUCAGAAUGAAUAAGGACCAGUUAGAAGAAUUAUUUUAUUGUGGUGUAAACCUAAUGUUGUGUAAAACUCUUCUUAAAUUGGAUGCAAGUAAUUUAACAUGAGGAAACCAGGCGGUUUCAUUUAUUGUGGUUUGCACUGCCUCCUGCGCUCACCAGAGAGACACCUUUCCCUUUACUGCACAUUUUGAGCUUAUAGAGACUUUAAAAUGAUGAGAGUUGAAACUGGAAUGACCCACAGAAAUGCGUAGACUUUUCUAGCAGAGAAGAAUGAAAACAUGUAGUGUGUGUAUGUUAACUGUUGUCUUUAACAUCUUGGUUAAUUGCUUUACUCUGGCUAUGUCAACUCAGAGUUGUGCUUUUUUUCAAAUGGUAUCCAGGUGAACAGGUUCUAGAUUUUAAAGUUUAAAACCUAAAUAAGGGAGCUGACGGGUCUGUAUAGCACAGGAAAUUCUUCUGUCCUACCCUGCAUUCUGCCACUGCUUUUUUAUCCUGUUAACCAAAGGAAAGAAAUAAUAUGUGUAAAUAAUAAUGAGUAUUUGGUAUUGCAUUCUCCCUAUUUUCGCCUGUAAAAUUUAGGAGGGAACUGCGGUAUUCCCUGAGCUAAUAAUAGAUUGUAAAAGAACAUCUGCACUCUUUUCUCUAUGUGCCCUAUUUGUUUAAUUGCAACAGAUUUACAUAGAAAGAGUAUGGUACAUCAUAACUAGGCAAUUAUCCAUUCUUCAUCACUUAGUUAUGGUUCUGCUAAUUGAUCAUUUAAGACAUAAGAUAGUCUAACAUUAGGAACAUUUGAGACUGUUCAAAAAAGAUCAACAAAUUAAUAUUGUUGUGUGAUAUUUGCAUAAUUGGAUGCAAUUAUUUAAUGUUUAAUUGGGUUGAUCAAAUGAGAUUCAGCCUUUCACAUGCUUAUGUUUUACAAACACUGAUACUUUAAAAUUAUAAUAAUGAACUCUAAUUUUCAUAUGUUCUUUCUUCUCUCCUUCAUUCUUUUGAUUAUUAUUUUCAGUAUUGAGCAUGUCCUUAAUUUUCAGUUUGGUGAGCAUGAUUUAUGCAUAGGAAAGAAGUCCUUCAAAUCAGAGAACUUUUCACAAAACUGGCAUUUCAUACAAGCUGUUCUGAUGCCAAGAGUUAUGGCUUCAGCAACUGGCAUUACUUAACUAGAUUCUUAACUGGGAUAAGGGCAAAUUAGCUGAGAAUUUAGUGACAGACUCUGGUGAGAAUGCUAAUAAAUGUUCCUGCUUCGGGUAGAUAAUCUGUUCAGUCUGUAACAGUGGAAGGCAAACACGACUUUUCUGGGAUAUAGAAGGGAAGUCUGAUAAGACAAAAGCAAGAUAGUGAGAAAGAUCUCUGCCCAGCCAUUGUUUACACCUGUUCAACUAUCUCAAGCCAAAAAGCAGUUGUCCUCUAGUCCUCCUCUUUCUAGAUAAAUUCUUGUUUAGGGUUUACCUAAUUCAACAAAGAAACAUCAUUGAUCCUCUCCUGUAUACUUAAAUUUAUACUUAUUUUUCCUCAGACAUGAAGAAUGGUAAUUUGGAAAAAUGUGAUAUUUGAAAGAGUCAUUUGGAAUGCAAGUUAUUUGAAAUGUCUGUCUAAUACAUCGUCUUCCAAGAAGGUAGACAGAAAAACAGCUGGGACUGAUCUCAUAGCUGCCUAAUUAGAGGAGGAACCCUCUUGAAUUCAAUGGCCUCUCCAAAACGAGCUGCAUAAUCUCAACAGAUUGCUUAGUGUGAACUGUCUGUUGAUAGUGCCUUGCAAUCAAAUAGAAUACAGAGAUGGUAGCACAGACUGCCAGACUAUGGCACAUUGGCACUCUCUGCGUGGGAUUCACUCUACUCAUGGUGAGUUUUAAUGUUCCAGUGACAGGCUCAUAUACUGAGAGGUGGGCAGGUAUAAAUGCUGGCUGAGUGUGUCCUGCGGUGGGCUGUUCCUUGCUGUCUUUCUCUCCCUUCCACACAGACUUGCAGCCCCUUUCCCCCAGCCUCCUAUCAUGAUGCCACUUAGUCUCAUAUCUAAAAGUGACCAUUUAAGCAAAUUUUGCAGUCUUGUUGUUUUUAGUAGUAAUGGCAGUUAAAAAGAAAAAAAAGUUCAUCUUGCAGGUGUUCAGGGAUCAGAAUUGCACUUUACCACCUGCACAUAUAAUGCCUGAAUAGACUGCCACUGGCUUUGUGACCCUGGACAAGUUAUCUAGCCUCUUUGUAAGUGCGGAGUAGUACUACCACUUAUACUACUUUUCACUCUAAUCCAAACUUUUGCCUAAAAAGUAAUUUUACUACAGAUCAAAUAAGCUUUCCAGAAAGCUUUUUAAGCAGCAGAAAAAGAUGCCAUGUGAAGUCCAGUAUUUCAAGGAUUGCUUUAGAAUAGAAUUAUCUUGAUUAUGCAGGAGAAUAGUGUUAUUUGAAUGAGAAAUAUAUUUAAGGUUUUCUGUAUGAACCCAUAAACAAGUAAAAUAUGUAUUUCAGAGUAUAAAGUAGCAUGCAUUCUCUUGAAAAGAGAAUUCACCUCCACCUCUCAAACAGUAAGAUCUUAUUUAAGUGAUAUUUGAAGGAAGCAUUGUAGCUCUCAGUGUAGAGUCAUUAGAUUACAACUAUUCUAGAGGUAUACUUUGUCAUGUAGCACUGACACAGACCUCUCUAUCAAUCUUGACUACAGAUUUUCUGAACUGCAAUAAUGAGCAAUUGAGAAGUGUCAAAGAGCUGUGUUUUACUGUAUUUUGUCACUAUCCUCAAGAUUUGGAAAAAUAAUUCGUAAGUCCUAAAUCAUUUACGCUAGGUAACUUCUUAAUAAGUAUUUACAUUUUUAGUCAUAAUAGUGGAAGAGAGUAAUGGUAUUGCAUUGGUGAAAAAUACUGUUGUAGCAAUCCUUCUGUCCAUGCCUUGCUUUAAGCCUGAUGGUUAUUAGUGGCAAUUCCAGGAUAUUUUCCCUGACUAUGCAAAAUCUGAGUACCAUCUAUGUAGUACAGUUGUCAAAUACAUCUCCAACUCCAUAAACAAAACUAACUUAGCCAUUACUUUGAGCUAGAAAAGCCAAGUAUGUUAGAGCUUAAUAGGUGUGUAACAAUACUGAAUUAGAAUAGUCAAGCCUUAGAUGUGGAAGAAAAUUUUGGAAUUAGUAACUCACUUAAAAAUAAAUCUUGUUAACCACACCCAAAGUUACUAAAAAUAAUGGUGUUGAAAUUCACUAGUAAUAACAGCAUGGCUGGAUCCUCAUCCUUCUCUCUAAACAUGAAUUUAUACUGUUUGCUUAUCUUAAAACUUAAUUUAUUGUGUCCAAUUUUUAACACAGUCCUGAAUUCUCAUGCCAUUCUUUUAAAAAAAGACCUCGAUAUAGAAUUUUAAAAUAUUUAAAAUAUCUGCUGGAUAAAGAAAAAGAAGACAGCUUUGUGGAAGUAAUUAACUAGUGUUCCAAAAUGGCUUUCCAACACUGGUCAGUUUUGGUUUUUACCAAAGAGGUAUGCAGGCAAUAGUAGAUAAAAUAAGUGAGUGUAGUGCUUUUUUUUUUUUUUUUUUUUUUUUCCUAAGCAAGAGCUGGGAAACUUUCUAAGAGCUGGUUCUCUUAAUAAUGCUAACUCUUCAUAGAACUUGAUUUUGGCAGAUUUAGAGCAGUCUAACUGAGAUGGAAGAGCUCAGAAGUUAUCUCAGGUGGUACUAUCCUGCAUGAACAGAUUUUCUUUCAUUUUAUGAUCAGAGAGAUCAAGAUAUGAACAUGGAAUCUUUUAAAUUUUGCACCUUUUUAUAAAAAUUUUGCUUUUCAUUUUAGAAUUCUGAUACAGUAUCACUGAACUAUUAUCUUAAACUAUCAUAUCUCUGUAGGUUAUGAGGAGAAAGCAAAUUUUCUUUAUGUAAUCACCUUCUUCCUGUAUGCCAAAUCCCCUCUUCAUUAUUAUCUGGUCACCACUAGAAUUGUGACCUCUUCAAGUAAAAUAACAGGUUUUUUCCUCUCCUGUACCCUACUAGCAUGCUAUAAAAUUUUUAGUAAGUGCUUGUAGCAAAUGCCAGAGCAAAAAGUAAAGUGAAAAGUCUUCUGUUUCCAGAAUGAGAGUAAAAUUACCCAUCAAGUCAGUCAAUACAGGUCAGAAGAACAUCAUUACCAUUCUAAUUCAGUCCAAACCAGAGACUAUCCAGGUACACCAAAUAUCUAGCAAGAUGGUAGAUUGCUAUUACUAUUUGAGAAUGCUCUUACUCAGUUGCUUAAAUACCUACAUCCGUGCCUACAUUUUCAUAACUUGAGCCCUAGUAUCAGAACUGAAACCUGCAACAGAGUUAUAUGUCAUGAAACAAAAAAUAUUAGAUCAAAACAAACAGGUAAUGCUCCAGAUCAUCUAACAGCAAGAAAAUGUUUCUACAGGUAAAAGGUUCUUUGCCAUGAUGGAGACAAGAGUUUUAUCUGAAGCUAUUUGCAAACAAUUUCUGCUGAAGCAGUAAAUUUGGAAAGACGGAUGUCCCAAUCUACCUGACAUUUGAGGCAUUUAGAAGGGUACAGUAGUAAUUAUUGGAAUUGUAGCAUAUAAACAGUGAGAAAUUAGCAGCUUAAAGAGGGAGAAGUAAACACCUCUGAAGGGUCUCUGUUUUCACAAAUGUUCAAGUUAACUGGGUAUUUUACAAGGAUGUGAGCAUAUAAAAGUGGUAAAGGACAGAUGUGGGAAAAAAUACUGGAUAAACUAAACGAAACUCUACCUCAUUCUUCUCUAAAGGUUUUGCAGAAGCACAAUUAAGCGCUCCUAAUGGCAUUGUUAUGUACAGACCAUCUGGCAUGAAAGAAACACUUUAUAUUUCUAUGUCUAUAAAUCCUGUAAUAACCGUAUUUUGCUGGCAGUAGAAACAGUCUAUACUAUUUGCAGUUUUCCUCAUCAAAUCAGUAAUUAUGCAAUGUUUUUGUCUCCAAUAAAGGAAUUUAAUGGGCA